AUGAUAGAAAGGCGGGUAUUUCUCCAUGCUAGUAAACUUUCGAAGCAUAGCUUUUUUCAUCAUUCUUUGUAUCCCAUUGUGGUCACUCGAUGCUACAGCGGUUCCAAUGGCUUUAACAAUGAACCCAGUAAAGAACUGCCAAAUAAGCCGCGAGAUAAGCUAUUUGAUCCAUAUUGGGCUGCAUUACGGGUUAAGUGGUCUGAUUCACGGACUAAACUGAAGCACUACUCGACACAAUUCCGAAAACAUGCAGAUAAAGCCAAGGUUGCCAUCCAGGAAGCAAAUCGAAAGCUUGCCAUGGCUGAACAGGCCGAGAAGGACAGUCGUUUACAGUUUGACACGGAUAUGGAGACUAGGGGAAGAAUUGAGGGGCUCCCUUCGGAACGAGAACGCUACAGAAGGCGCUGGGCCAAGAAAUUAGAGUUAUAUUUUGAUUCCUUGCAAGAAACCAUUUUUACAGCCACUCGAGCGUUAAACGAUGUUACCGGAUAUUCCAGCAUUCAGAAACUGCGUACGAGUAUUGAAAUGAUGGAGGUGCAACUAGAAGCUGCCAAAGGACAGGUAAAGUCUUCAAAGGUGCAGUACAACGAUGCGAUUGACGUUCGUGCCAGAUCACAAGUCGAAGUUAAUGAUUUAUUGCAACGUAAGCAUUCGUGGACUGCCCAAGAUCUUGAUCGAUUCACGCUUUUGUACAAGGACGACAGUCUUAACGUGAAGCGCGAAGAAGAUGCCAAAAAGAGACUACAGGAGGCGGAGGCUCGGGAAGAACAGCUCUCUGAUGGGCUUUAUAGGGCUAUUCUGACCAGGUAUCAUGAAGAACAAAUAUGGUCUGAUAAAAUUCGUCGAACCUCUACUUGGGGAACCUUCAUAUUAAUGGGGAUGAAUAUUUUCUUGUUUCUGGUGUUCCAACUUUUAUUGGAACCAUGGAAGAGACGCAGGCUAGUGGGAAAUUUUGAAGACAAGGUGAAGAAAGCUCUCGACGAACAGGCCUCUCUACAGAGCUCCCGAUUGACGGAAAUGUCGGAUCAGAUCUCUACAACAUUGGACCAAAGAGGUAUGCAAGCUAAAAACUCAAGUCAAGAGACUAUCGAGGGCUCUUCAACAACUAAAGUUAUAGAAAACGAUUUGAAAAUCCCAACUAGGAGUCUCUCUGAACAUCAAUUGAAGGGAUUUCAUUUUUUGAGUCACUCCUUCGAUAAUCUAUUUAUGUGGGCUCAAAUAUUUCUACAAAAAGUCUACAGUAUGCAUCGGAAAGCAUUUCAAUCACCUUCUACUGCAACUACGACUUUCACGGUUUCCGAAUUCUACGCCUAUGGUAUGCUUUUUGGCUCGCUAGGUUUUAUGGCAUCCUGGUUACUGUGA